AUUUUUUCAAAUUUCUUUUCACCAUUUUCGAUUCAAUCCUUUCGUAGGGUUUCAGAAAGCCACCAGAUUCUGUAACCCUCUUUCUACUGUUCCUGCAAACUCCAUGGAACUAGAUGAUGAAGAUUGGGAGCUCAUCAACGACGAUGGCUUCGUUUACAAGCGCCUUCGCCUUCAUCCCACCACCUCCGCCGCACAUCCACCGGCGGCGGAUCCUGCUGUCGUAGAGAGGAAUCGGAACGAAAGAAAGAAGACGAUACUGGCAAAACUCAAAACAAGGUACCAGAAGGAGAUUCACGAUUGGGAACUUUUGUCGAACACCUUGCAGGCGUUGCAAAACCGAACGAAAACUCAACCACCACCGUCGAUGUCACCGGAUCUGUCUAUAUCUCAAUCGCCGGAGCAUUCAUCGGAUUCCACUUUUCGGGAUCUCACUGAAACGCUACUCAUUCAGGUUGAAGCUCAAGAAGCAUCUAUAAAUGAGAUUUCAAACUUAUGUGAUGUUGCUGAAGCUCUUUGCAAUGCUCAAGAACAACUGUUGAAGCAGCCAUUUGUGUAUCUACCAAUUUGGGAAUCAUCCCCACGAAAGCUAAUCACUUCAUUAUGUGAAGAAUGAGAUUUUUUUCGGAAAUCGACCAAAAUAUCAAAUCUUUUGUAACCAAUUUCAUUUUUUAGCCAUUUUUUCAAUUGAAUUCGCAUUUUACCCCGAGUUUACGUCAACGGGUGCAUAGAGCCUAUUUUUAUAUUAAAAAGAUAGAAAAAAAUUCUAUGCAAAUUUGAGUAAGGAAACACAUUUGCGUAAAGAAUUUUUUUCCCAUUUUUUUAAUAUGAAAAUAGGUUUUACGCAGACGCCUUAUGUAAACUUUGGUUAAAAUUGAAAUUUAGUGACAAAAGCAGCUAAAAGUUGAAUUUGGUUGAGGUGAUCGGCUAUUUUAGUCAAUUUCCCAUUUCUUUUUCUUCCAUGAAUCUUAAAAGAGAGAGAAUCUCUUGUUUCUUGAUUUGUGACAUAGAUAUAUAGAGGGAGAAUCAAACUAGAACAUAAAUAAUAGAACCCGAGAACGGUCAAAUCAUAUGUGAUUUUGCACUUAAAUCACAUGCGAUUACGGAAUAUUGUCAACGCAAGCAUGUGCACUCGACUUGGCCAGCGACCUAGGUCGCCCGUAAUCACAUGUGAUUUAACAAUAGAAUCACAUGUAAUUAGAUAGUUCUCGUGUUCUAGUUUUUAGUCAUUGUUCUCGUUUGGACCCGACUCUAUAUGUAUAUGUAUGUAUAUGGUGAAUGUUGAAGAUAAAAAACCGUUAUGGAGCAAAGAUUUGGGUGCUUCGACGAAUGCAAGUUGGCCAGGUUUCGAUUUGAAGGAAGGAGAUAGAUUAGUUGAUGUUGUAGUUAUAGUUGUACUUGUGUUAUUGAGAUAAAAAGAGGAUCUUGUGAAGGUGAAUGUAUGUAUAUACAGAAGUUCAUAGGUAUCAACUUUCACUAUGUUUUUAAUUCCAUAUUC